AUGCCGCACCUAACCUCCGAAGAGCUGCACCAGCUGAUGAGCGCAAACCAAGGGACGCCCGACGAUGAGCAGUCACCGGCGCGAUCUUCAGCAGAGCGGUCUUCCCAGCAUGCUAGCGGCGAGAAUGGGGAGACGUUGGAGGGCGAGCAAAAUGCUCCAAGCGAGGACGCAAGUGGGAGAGCGGCCGCAGAGCUGGCGAACAUCCAUGCUCCUAAUUUAGAAGACAGUGCACUGGGUGAGCAGCUACAAAGAUCAGCAGAGGAGAGCCUUAGCGACAAUGAAGGCAAGGUUGAAGCCGGUGCCACCUCCACAUCCGCUCCGCAAACCGACUCGAAAGAAGAUGUCACCAUGACUGACGCCGAGGCGGAAGGUGAGGCCCCUGCCGAGGAUGAGGGCGAAGAAGAGGAGGUUGCAGACGAAGACAAAGAAGCUGUGGGCGGAGAAGACGGGGAGGGAAAAGACCAAGAAGAAACAAAGAGCGAAACAGCUGAAGAAGAUAGCGAAGAAAGCUCGGGAAGCAGCCAGGAGGAAGGUGAAUCAUCAGCAUCGGCAUCGGGUUCCGCUUCUGGUUCUGAAUCCAGCACGGAGUCAGAGUCGCAGUCAGAAGCAGAAUCCAGUGAAGAAGACGACACGAGCGAGGCUGUCGACUCGAAACAAACCUGUGUGUUUUGCAACCAGGCUGUAGCCGCUGAUGGUGGAAACGGCGAGGUGAACUUGAGUUGCUCUGCCUGCGGCAACCACGCACAUGGGAAAUGCGCUCGAGAGCGCGACUCACUACGCGAAGGCGAGACAUCCCAAUGGCAAUGUCCGCAGUGUUCUGGCAAGAAAACCGCACAGUCAGAGUCACCAAAAGCUCGAAGCACACGAUCCAAGAACUCGGCGCCCCGACUUGUUAGGGACUUGUUACCAGUGACGCGGGGCUUGCAGAAGCCGUAUUCACAUUCGAUCUUCGCCCAACCGGUGAUUGGGGACGGUGACGACGGAGGGCGCGCUCUCAGAAAGAGGAAAUCGCCAACUCAGGAGCCUCCUCCCAUCGAAAAGAGACGACGGAAGGCAACAGACCGAGCAUUAGCGGCGGCCGCGACAAGCAAAGAGCUGGCAGAGAGGGCGGCGAUUGCGCACUCGACUAGAAGAUCGAGUCAAAUGAAAAUCACAAAACCCACCGCGCGAAUAUUGCAACAUCGACCGUUCAACAAGCCGCCACCUCACAAGUUCAUCCUGGCUUUUCGCCUGGAACAGGAGAAGAUUGAAGCGAUCUUGAGCAAACCCCCUCGACCGGGCAGGAGAAGAGAGCGACGAAGUCAGCCGAAGAAGCCUCCCAAAAUCCCGCCGCCGCCAGUUUACCAACCUCCUGUUCCCAAGUUCCCUGCUCUGCCAACACAACACCUCAUUUUCCCCUCAGCAUUCACCGACCGAGAAGCCGAGCUCAACGCCAAACCAUACGGUGGCAUCCUUUCCGACGCGGAUGCAGAUACGAGUCGGUCACUGCCUCAACUCCGAGACCGUGAGAUUUUCGAGAUUGCAAGAAAAGAAGCGGAAGAAGAACGUCGCAGAGCUUCUGCCGCGGCAGAGGCGGAAAUCAACGGCGGAGCAGGGGACGCUGCAGCAGCUUCAACCUCUACCACGAAACCCACCAGGUCCACAGUCUCUGGGCCACCAAGCAAGAUCAAAUGCAUCCAAUUUGGGAAACAUGUCAUCGACACCUUCUACGCUGCCCCGUACCCGGAAGAAUAUUCACACGAAACCCGGUUGUUUAUCUGUGAAUUCUGCUUAAAGUACCUGCCGUCUGAAUUCGUGGCAUAUCGGCAUAAACUGAAAUGUCCAGCGAAACACCCCCCCGGAGACGAGAUAUAUCGGGAUGGCACGAUCUCGGUUUGGGAGGUUGACGGAAGGAAAAAGACGGAAUAUUGUCAGUGUCUGUGUCUUAUGGCCAAGAUGUUUCUGGGGUCAAAGACACUGUACUAUGACGUGGAACCGUUCUUGUUCUAUAUCUUGACCGAGUAUGAUGAGUUGGGAUAUCACUUCGUCGGGUAUUUCAGCAAGGAGAAGAGACCUGCGAGUCAGAACAACGUCAGUUGCAUCUUGGUCAUGCCCAUCCACCAACGCAAGGGCUACGCAACCUUCCUGAUCGACUUCUCCUACCUCCUCACCAGAAUAGAAGGGAAAGAGGGAUCUCCAGAAAAGCCUCUCUCAGAUAUGGGCCUUACAGCCUACCGCUCGUAUUGGGACCUCACCAUCUCGCGGCAUCUGCUCGAUCUCGGCCUCAAACCGUUCUCCACAAAGACCCUCAUGGCUCGAACGGGCAUGACAGCUGAUGAUGUGAUUCAUUCCCUCGAGCGCCUUUACGCGUUCAUCAAGGAUCCAGUGACGAAAACCUAUGCCGUAAGAUAUGAUAGGAAGUUGUACCAAAAGUUCGUGGACGAGUAUGAGGCAAAGAAGCAUCGAAAGUUGAAGCCUGGCAAUCUGAUGUGGACGCCCUAUAUCAUGGGCCGCAGUGAUCAGGCGACGCUAGAUAAUCAGCCUUUGCAAGCGCUAGCACCCCGGGACGAGGACGAGGAAGAUGAAGAAGAUGAAGAAGUGGGCAGGGAGGUAGAUGUGGACAGCGAAGUGGUGAUAUCGACCGCCGCCAAGUCCGUUGCUGGUGGUGAGGCGCCAGAGACUGAAAUGGAUGUGGAACGGCUUUCAUCGCGGUCAAAAUCAAAGUCUGCGAGAGCUAUGUCGCGGCCAGAGUCGGUCGGGUUGCAGGAAGAAGAUAUGGAUAUCAAGGACCCCUCCCUCGUUGAUGAACACGGCCACGUGGCGCCUGGCCCUCCUUCAACAGCGGCUCUCAGCGGCGCUGGUGCAAUGUCGGAGAUAAUGGUCAAUGGACUUGUCAAUGGCGACUCUCUAAAGUUGCGUGAUCAUCAUCCUCAAGACGAGAAUGGAGACAAGGAGAGCGGCGGCAACGAAGAUGGUCAAGCAGCAGCAGAGAAACAACAGCCAGAUGAAGCUGCUCAGGAGGAACAGGAACAAGAACCUCCACCCUCAGGCUACGCGCUCGCCUUCCGCCAACAUGCGAUCCCACCGACACGUUUCCAAAUCGAUCCACCAAUUCCCCCAUCGAUGCUUCGACAAAGGAGCACGAAGAAACGCAGCGCGGCUACUGCCUUUGGGUCUGCAAGCACUCCGAAGACGAAGGGCUUCGGUAGUAAUGGAGAAUCUCUUGCGGGGGCUGCUGGAGGUUCGGUAGUCGCAGUCAGGAGCUCACCGAGAAACGCCGCCAAUAGUAACAACAACAAUAACGCUGGGGGGUUGAGUUUGACCGCCGCGGGACCAACAACGACACUUUCUGCCAAUGGCAAUGGCAGCAGUGUGGCCAACAGUACUGGGAGUGUAUCUCCAAAGGGGCCGGGAACUCCUAUUCGAAGGAGUGGAAGGAGGAGCGGGCUUUCACAGUCAAUGACGAUUCUGACGUCGGAUGUUGUGUCGGUCACGAACGGCGACGAUCAGGACGAUGCUGAUGCGCCUGCAGAGGAAGAUGACGAGGACGUAGCGCAGAUGGAGAGUAAAGCAGACGAUGAUGAUGACGAAGACGAAGACGAAGACGAAGACGAAGACGAAGACGAAGAAGGGGAAGAGAGUGGUUCGUCAUCAUCAUCAUCAUCAAGCGGUGACGAAGAGGAAGAAACCGAACGAGAAGAAGCAUCAUUGGCCACCGCCACAGAAGACGACGGAGCAGACAGCGAAGAUGAUGAAGAGGAAGAGGAAAUAGAGGAAGGGGAUGAUCCCAAUGAUGAGGAUGCAGUUCCGGACGACGAAGACGAGGAUGACGACUCCGAGGAUGCAAGUGAGGACGACGAUGACGGUGACCCCGAUGUUGCCACCGAUCUGGCCGACGAGGACGACGAUGAGGAUGAUGAGGACGAAGGCACCGAGGAGGCAGAAGACGAGGAUUGA